AUGUCUUCAUUGGCUCUCAAAAUUGGAAGUUUAUUAGUGCGGACGCUGUCAAAACCGAUAGCGAAUACAAUAAAAGCGCAAGCAAAAGAACACAAGACAUUCCGAAAGGUUUGCAUUGAUUUCGCGCAAAUGAUGCAUCGAGCAGAAUUCAAAAUUAUGGGUGCUAAUCGCGCCCGCAGUGGUCUUACAAAUGUUCGAGUUCGUCCAUUAAAUGAUGCAAAAGCGGUAGAUGCAGGUGCAAAUUUUCUUUCCGAAACUUUUGUAUUUACUGUUGCCGGCGGCGCAAUCCUUUUCGAGACUUGGAGAGUGAGACGAAAAGAAAAGAAUCGGCGUGACAAUAUAACUGAGGCUAUAUUUGGGCUUCAACAAGAAAUUAUUCGUAUCAAUGGUAUAUUGGAGAAGCAAAUGUUAGAAAAAAAAGUUAAGGGUACCCAAGGUGAAAGAAAUGAUAAUCAUACGGAUGAGGAUUUUGAAGAACUUCAUAAAGUAAUGCAUGCUGUGGAACAGGAAUUGCAUACAUUAUCUUCUAAGGAGAAGGAAGAGUCUAAAGAAAGGAAAAACGAUGAUUCAAAUCAAGAUUCAAGUAAUUCGUCAUCCUCUCCCACUUUGUAUGCUUCCAGUAAUUCGUCUGUUCGAGAGCCCGCCGAACUGUCUAAGAGUCCGUCACUUCUCUCUCAACCCGUAAAAUCCGCAAACUCUCCAAAUUCAUGA